AUGGCAUCUUCAGCCCAGGCCUCCACCACCCUCGACGAACUUCCUGCUCGACCGCCAACUCCUCCUCGAGAAUCUCUCCCAGACAAAAAAGCUCCCAUGAAAGCCUCCGAUGGUCGUCUAUUCGACCCAAGACUGAGCCUUCACACACCACCAGGCGCUAAUACCCCCUCGUCGACCGGGGCAACCAACUCGGGUUCAACUUCAAGACGUUCAAGAAAAAAGGUCGAAUGGUCUAGCCAUACCGAAUACAAAGAUCCUCCAGAUUACCGCGACAUAUCAAGGUUCUUCAGAUCAUCGCCGAUCACUACACCUUCAGCCUCAUCUUCAAGGCCCGCCAAGGGCAUUCUUAAGCCGUCGCCAUCUCCUAAUCCUCUCGCAUCACCCCUCAAUGGCCAGCUCAACGGCCUAUCGAAGCGAGCUGGUAUUGCCGAAAUGCUGGAUUCAACAAUAAAACAGCUCGCCGGCCCCGACCGGGACUCACGGCUCGAUGCAUAUAUGAUGCUCUCUCGUGCUCUCAAGGCAUCCAACAACCUGCCGGACCGGGUUGCUUUGCAAAAUAAGAUGAGCCUGUUCAUGUCCUUUAUCGAACGCGAUAUCAAAUCCAAAAACGAAAAGGGGACCCCCGACUCUUCCCUCGUAAACCAUGCUCUCAGCCUCUUAACAACAUUCCUACAUUUUCCAGCCAUUGCCUCGACACUCACAUCCGAUUUCGGCGUGUUUAUAAUAGACCAUUGCAUUCGAUGCUUUUCCGACCCAGCACUCGCCAAGGACCUCGCCCGUCACCUUAUGCAAGUAGUUGCUUUCCAGUCCUUCUCUUCUAAAGUCAUGUCUUUGGAUCGAGUCGGUCGGCUAAUCACAUCUUUGCACAACAUCGAAGAUCAUUUGACUGGCAAGAGCAUCAUCAUGGGCCGUAUUCAGAUCUACAAGCGACUCAUAAAACAAUCUCGGAACCAUAUGGCCGUUCACACAGACUGGUUGGAGGACAUGUUUACGGAUAUGCUUAGUACGAUCCGAGACAUUCGAGCGCAAGCCAUCACAUUGGGCACAGAAGCUAGUUUUGCGCUCCGAAACGAGAAGCUUGCCAUGCGCAAAGUGACUGAGAUUCUGCAAGCCUCUGAUACUGAGAAGGUCUACAUUGAGUUCUACAUGUCAAAACUCGACAGCAUGCUCAGAGAUAAGCAGAACUCGUCCACUGUCCCGCAGAUAUGGGGCGUGGUAUCACUUUUCUUGCAAUGUCCUAUCAGUCGAUGGCAAUACUUUAAACCAUGGUUCGAGAUCGCACAGAAUUCUUUUAAUUCGCCUGAUGCGCAAACCAAACAGGAGGCCAACUAUGCCUGGAAUAAAUAUGUCUAUCUUUCUAUCACCAGCAACAAGAUGUCACCCAAGUCUCUGGGUACAUUGGCACAACCAUUAAUGAGCCAACUACGGCGCAAGAUCGGUUCGAAACAACCAGAGGAGGCGGUCAAGUUACGGAAAAUAGUAAUGGGUGGCAUUUGCAAUCUAUACUACUACGCCUUCCGACCCAAUCACGAUGUCCUCUGGAUGGAUGCUGCCUGGGAUCUCAUUCUUCAACCUGUUAUGGAACAGCUUAUCAAUGUCGAUGCGGAACUUGGCUUGACUAACGACCCCGCGACGCAAGCAUCGCGCAUUGUGGCCGGACUCCUAGACACAUCAACUCCGAGGAGCUGGAAAGACGAUCGAAUUAGGGAUAUGCCCCUGAUCAGCCCAGAAGAGCUGCCCUCAAUCGAUUCAAGGUGGACGCGUCGGAACUCUGAGAGAAUCUUCAAAGUCGUUGGUCCGAUUCUGGAGAAGAAAUUCAAUGAUUUGGCCAAUACCGAAAGCUUGGCUUACAGACUUUGGCAGGCUUUAGUUGGGUCUGUUGCUGUUGCCUCGUCGAAGGAUAUCAAAGUGAACGACGAAACCGUACGGUUUAUCGCUCAGUCGUUCGAUCUUUUGUCUAAGAUCUGGUCACAAGGGGUACCUGAAGCAUCCGAGUCCUCUGGCAAAAGGUUUCUGUUAAGUGUACAGCAUUACGUCGACGUCCUCUUUCGCAAUCUUGGCCCACUAGUUUUCACUGAGAAAAGACUGUCUAUGUCUCUUGCUAACACCUUCGAACCCGCUUCAACAUCUGGCAGCCGACUUGACCGGGUGGAUAAGUUGAACAGCACUGCUCAGAUGCCACUUUUCCACCUCUUUAAUAUGCUUUGUUCUAAACCACCAGGUCUAGAUGAUAACGGAGACCUUGCUGAGUGCUUUCUGGCCGUAUUUGAACCGUUCUUCCAUGAAAAGCCCACUGGAGCCCGAGUUGAGCUGUCUAGGGAAAUGCUCAGACUUCUGCCUCGGGACACUCUUUCAACUUACGGCCCAUGGAUCCUCGCUGCCCAGAACAUCCGGACUCUUUUGGACCAAAGCCCUGUUUCAUCCAGUUCCCAUCCUCCCAGCAGCGAGAGACUGCUCGGGCCCGAGUACCGGGAAAUCGUUUCCCUUCUUGAGCGAGGGCUUGUCUCGCAUCCUCUCCUCCCAGAAGAACAAUGGUUUUCUCUCUUCAACCUUUUAUCGAGCCAUAUUGUCCAGGAGUGUGGAGAUGCAGGCCGAGCACUUGGCCUUGUGGAGCCUCUAGCUAAGGUUGUUACCGAUAACUUCUUUGAAGGUUCUGAAAGAUCGAAUGGGAUGGCUUUGUCGGUGGCGGUAGCGCUAUUCAAGGUUGCAAAGCUUCCUCGUGACCGUCAGGCUGUCGAAGCUGCCAGGCGACGACUUUGGGGUGCACCGCCUACUGCAUCACGAUCCCCUUCCUUCGACCCAUUCCAGUAUCUGUACCAGCUUCAAAGCGAAAGUAUGAAGUUCUUCUAUGAAACCGAAACCGAUUGUGACAAUGAAAAGAUGGCAGCUUACUUCAGGGCUGUUGAUGCGUUCAUCACUGGAUCCUUUUCUCAAAGUGGCAUCAAAACACUAUCAAAGCUACAGACUGGACUCGUUCCCUGGAUUCAGGACGACAAGGCGCACAAAAUACUGCGCAGCGAUUCUCCUGUAUCCGAAUCAGUGCGAGCUCUUUGGGAUAGCAUCUGUGCGCAAUUGUUGACACUUGGACGAUUAGAGGACAAGGAUAUUAACGCUCUCGAACCUCUUAUUGCCGCUGGCUUCAAGAGUAAGCACCGUCACAACGUGAACAAGAUGGCGGAGACAUGGAAUGUAUUGGUAAAGAACGAAGAUAACUUAGACUGUUCCGAAAGUCUCAAGUCAAUUAUAGCUUCUCUGCGGCCAAUGGUUGACGUCUCUUUUCCUGGCAUGGAAGAGUCAAGCGGCGAGUUUGGAGCUCAAGCACAGAAUUUCAUCGAUUCACAAGAAGAUCUGAGCUUCGUCGCGCUCUCAUCUGCCAAAUCGUCGGGGCAGGGAGCCGAGCACGCAGCUUCACCAGCACUAUCCAUAUCGAAGAUGAGCCUAAGGGGCCCAGUGACACGAAAGCGCCGCAGAGAAGCCACUCCUGAGUCGGUCAAGACGAAGUCGGCCAAACGGACUACUACCCCUCGUCUCCGCCAUGACAACUCUCAAAUCCAGUUCGCACCGAUCGUUUCAUCGCCGUUGGUCGAAGAGUCUCAACAUCUCACAGAACGACAAAGGGAGAUCCGCCAACGACAACAAGAGAAUGCGGGUCUUUAUCCUGGUAUCCGAUCCAGUCCCCGAACUCGGUCGCAAGGUGCCAAAGAGAAGUCCAUGGAACCGGAGGCUAAGAAACCCCUGAAUGGCGAAACUACUCCUGAGCGACCAGGCUCCUAUGAUGAGUUUAUCACUUUGACACCAACUCCUCGACGAGGCUCAGCUCUGCAUCUCGAGGGCUUCAAUGACCCGCCUUCAUCACCACCAGACCCCAGGCGCAACCCGCUAUUGUCCGAGAUACAGACUCGAUCAAAGGCUAGGGACUCGAUUGAGAGCUGGCAAUUUUCUUCACCGCCUGGAUCACCUGUCGUCAGUCAGCAGGCCACUGAGGUUCAGCCUGAAGCGCAGACUCCUUCUAGGAAUGCCUCGAGCCAGAAUACACGGUCUAAGAGACGUAGAAGGAGGAACGAGCCUUCAAGAAAAGAAGAGAUCAUUCCCUCUAGUCUCGCUGACCAGGAUAUGGUGAUGGAGGAAGACGUAAGUGUAUUGCCAGAGGCGCCACAGACCCAGGAUGUGGAUGAGAUGGAGGAAGACAAUGCCGAACUACCGCCUCACGACACAACGAAUAACUCUCCGCAAGUUGAGUCACCUCCUAGACACAGUCAAGAGACAGCCAAAUCAGGAGACGACGAAUUUGUGGAUGCUAAGACUAGCCCUGGCGAUGUUUCAUGCGAUAAGACAAAUGAAACUGCUGGCAAGACAGCCCUUAGCCAGAAUCAUGAGUCCUCCUUUGCACUUAGCGAAGGCGAUGAGAGUAGUCUCAUGAGAUUUGUGGUAGAGCUCGAAUCGAGGCGAUGCCAACUUCCGUUUGAUAAGUUCAACUCGGUUUCGACUUCUCCGGAGAAGAAGAAUGGCGUGUCCCCCGAAAAAUGUAUCGAGGUUCAAGGAGAAUCAUCUUCUGAAGGUGAACAGGGUCCGACGACGCAACCCUCACCGCCAGCAAUCGUUCCCUCCACGCCUGCUGAUGCAGGAUCAGAGAAUUCUGAGAGUCAAGAUACAAAUUUGACUGGGAGCAAGAGGAAAAGGAAGCGAAGUGGUGUGUUCGCCGAGACGCGUAGCAAGAAGAGACGACCGGCCGUUCCAUCAGGACAAGAACACGGUGAGGACAGUCAGUCGACGUCUCAAGAAACGGCCUCGCCUGUCCCAACUGUUCGACGUUCGUCUAGAAGAAAUGCAGGGCAAAAGGGUAAAGACUUGCGAAACCGAGAAGUACAAGCCUCGCCGUCCAAGAAAUCCAAACGGUCCUCUGUGGUGCAGGCGCCUCUGACAACAUCAAAACCGACCGACACGCGCGAUGACGGAGACACAGACGAGGAACUAAUGUCCCAAUUGGUGACUGAAUCCCAUGCUGCCUCGCAAAGCCAGGAACCGGAACUCGAAAUUCCUGAUGAAGUAAUCGAAGAGUCUGCGGAAGUAAUGUCAGUGGACGGUGAAUUGCCUGAAGAGGUCCAGACUCAGGACCAAGAACAGGAUGCACCGGAAGAAGUUCCUGAACGUCACGAAGAAGAGGAACAAGAGCCAGCGGAAACGACCAAACCAGUUUCGAUCGUGGACACACUCCGUGGUGGACUGCAACAACUUCGAGUAGCAGCAUUAUCUCGCGAAGAGGUAUACCAACUUGAAGACAUGUUGAUGGACAUGAAGAGAGAGCUCUUCGAAGCAGAGCGACGAGGAAGACAUUGA